AUGCCCCGUCUCCCCCGAACGGUCCUCCCAUUUGCCCCCAGGGUCCUCCCCCAAACACCCGCUCUUGCCUUCAGAGCACCCCUCUCCCUCCCCCCCACACCUCUCACAAAAUCGCCCUUCUACACCCACCUGCCAUCGAGGCAGCCCCUCACCCUUUCCCUCCUCCGCUCUCCCCUCCUGCCCCUGCCAAUCACUACCACGAACACAUCACCGCUUUCGGGGGCUUUAGGAGCUCUGAGGAAUGUCCAGAUGGGCACCUUCUACCAACCCUCCCAGAGGAAAAGGAAGAACAAGCACGGCUUUUUGGCGAGAUUAAAGGGAGGAAAGAAUGCGAGAAAGAUGUUGGUGCGUAGGCUGAAGAAGGGAAGAAAGUUCUUGAGUCAUUGA